UUGAAAAAUGUCAUUCUUUCUCCAUGCAGAAAACAAUCCAGAUGUGGGAUCUGUAUAUAUUCGGGAAAAUGGGCAGCUAUAUAGUUUAAAUCAGGUUUCAGGUGGAGUAAAUGACCCUGUUUUGAAACCAAAGCCUUCAAGACUGUUUUCCAAAGGAUUCUCUGUUCAGCUCUGUAUGAACAGGGAAAAUGAUAAUGGCAGGACAGAUCACUUCAUCUUCACUUACACAAAGGAGGGAAAUCUCCGAUAUUCUGCUAAAUCUCUCUUCAGCCUAGUCCUGAGUUACAUUGCAGACAACAUUCAUCAUGUUGAUUCACUGAUUGGCUUUCCAGAGCAGAUUGGAGAAAAGCUUUUCUAUGCUGCUGAUGCAAGACAGAAGUUUACAGAGCCGAGAACAGGGCUCAGAGCUUUGCAAAAAUUUACUGAUGCUUAUGGAAGUUUAGUGCUUCAGACACUAUGUUUGAAAAACAGGUAUCUGGUUAUUUCUGAAAAGCUUGAAGAAAUUAAAUCUUUUCGAGAUCUGAUAUGUUUGGAUUUGUCACAUUGUAAACUUGGAGAUGACCAUGAGCUGCUAGAACAUAUUACCAAGGAGACACUAUCUAGUCUAAUUCGGCUUCUUCUGAAAGAUAAUUGCUUAUCAGAUGCUGGUCUUCGCAAAAUGACAGCACCUGUUCGAGUGAUGAAAAAAGACCUUGGAAAUCUUUCAAUAUUAGAUUUGUCUUGUAAUCCAGGAAUCACGAAUAAAGGAGUUGGUUUCCUUCUUUCCUUCAAAAAGCUAAAUAAUUUGGAUCUUUCUGGAACUGGCAUUGAGGACAGGAUGGUAGCAAUUCAGUGCAUCCAGACACAAAUCGGUCUAGUUUAUUCAGAAGUGCCUUUGAAAGAAUUUGACCAUAACUGCAAAACAGAGGGAUGGGCAGAGCAUACACUUCUGCAAUGGGAGAAUGUCAUCCAAGAAGCAAUUAAGCCACAAAGAAGCUUGAAAUCCAGAGCAGCGGCUCAGCGUUUCUAUGGAAAAAGAGCCAGGACUGAAGAACCUUGUGAAUCCUCUCUAGGAGAAGAGCAUAGAAAGACGUGUGGGAACUUACAAUUUUACAAGGGAGCGACACAAGUGUGCAGUUUGCCUUUACUAAAAAAGAAGACUGGAGAAUUACGGAAUAAAAGGACUGCUUCAGCUGAACCCAAAGAGCAGAGCUUAACAGCAAGGCAUCUGGGCCUCUUGGUGGAAGACUGGGACUUACUGAAUUCUUAUUGAUUCUGAUGGCACAAAUUACAAGAUCCAUACAAAUAUCAAAACCAUGAAAAAUAAA